GCCCUGAUAUCUGUCAACACAGCGGAAACAGGCGAAGUUCGAGCUUUCAAUUGUUCGUCGAUGCGCAAGAAGAGAGAAGAGUGAGCUCAGUGAGCAGGGGCGAAUGUGCGUGUGACAUUUGUGACCAGCAGUACUGCCGAGAUGAGUAAUUCAGUGAGAACUUCCUCGACAAUGUUGGGCUAUGACUGGGACAAAAACCGGUAUCAGAAUCUCAGCACGAUAUCAGGAACGCGCGUGCGUGGCGGUUCUUCAGCUCUACGCUCUUUACUCUACUGCACUGGAUUUGGCUUAUGCUUCACGAUAUUCAUUCUCUCGUUAUGGAACUCCAAUCUUCAUGCUCCAACCCGUGUCUACGUGUUCCAUUUUGACAGACAACAGCCUCUGUUACACAUUGUCUCUGACAAGUUCUUGUCGUUUGGUCUUGACACAUCUUUGCUUCGAAAAAUGGCUGAGUUGCCUACUGGACAAAAAAAAUUCAUCAAUUUGGCCCACCACCUGAGUCCUGCUUAUGUCAGAGUGGGUGGAACCUCCGCGGAUUGUCUGACAUUUAUACGGGAUCAGAUGGAGCAAAACUCUUCUGAGAAGGUCUUCAGCCCCAUAGAUGGCCAAGACAUCAGCAACUUUUCCAUCUCUGGUGUAGAUCUGCUCGCAGUCUAUGAUUUUGCGGCAAAGUCAGAAUUACGAAUGAUCUUCGAUCUGAACGUAUUGCUCAGAAAUCCAGAUGGGGUUUGGAAUGACAGUAACGCACAAGAGAUUAUCGCGUUUGCUAAGAAUCAAGGCAUGAUACUAGACUGGCAAUUAGGAAACGAGCCAAAUUCCUUCAAACAUGUAUUUAAUGUGACUGUCUCUGCAACUGAACUUGCAAAAGAUUAUGAUCAUUUGAGGCAACUACUAAACGAAGCGGGAUAUGUCGAUAGUAUUCUCGUUGGGCCGGAAGUGAAUCACGUUGGAGAAUUAAGUAAAAUGGGAGAGCAAUAUGUUAAGACCUUUUUGAGCAACCAAAAGAGCACUGUGAAUUUUGUCACCUGGCAUCAGUAUUAUCUGAAUGGACGAGAGGCUAAAGUUAAUGAUUUCGUGAAUCCUAUCACUUUCAACUGGUUACCGGCGCAAAUCAAUUCUAUGAGACAAUUCAUUGCCGAGUCGGGGAAAAACGUUUCCAUGUGGCUAUCGGAAACUAGCACCGCGUUUGGCGGAGGCGCGCCUGAAUUAUCCGACAGAUUCGUAGCCGGAUUUCUAUGGUUGGAUAAAUUAGGAUACAGCGCUAAAGCAGGAUUAAACGUCGUCACAAGACAAUCGUUGUUUGGUGGGAAUUACGCUAUGGUAUCACCGGAUCUCGUCCCAAAUCCCGAUUGGUGGGUCAGCGUCUUCUAUAAGCAAUUCGUAUCGGAGAAGGUCCUACGGUUGGUCACACCUGAUAAUUACGGCUACGUACGAUUAUACGCACACUGCACACCGAAGAAAGCCCUAAUCGCUAGAGUGCCGGCUAUCACAGUCUACGGAAUGAAUAUAGACAAGACCGCAGCCUACAUAGAUUUUUCAAACUUGUUUGCACAGAGCAAACAUAAUAAAACUACAAAGAUUUUCUAUUAUGCUCUGACCUCUGAUCAUUUACAAUCUUAUAAGAUAAAGCUUAACAACGAGACUGAAGCACUGAAGCUGCGACCAAACGGAGAUUUGCCACCGUUUCGACCUGUGAUAUUGGAUUCUAAUCCCGUGUUUUUACCACCGUACUCCAUGGUGUUCCUGAUAAUUCAUGGUCUCGAUGUGCCUGCAUGUUCGACGUAAAUAAGGCGACAAGUCGAUUUUAUAUAAGACAUUUAUAUUGUACGUCUUAUACAUUAUAUUAAACAUUUAUAUAGCUUAUGUUACAUAUUUUUUACAAAUUCUUAACAAGGAAGCUUAUACAGGCGUGAAUUUAAGUUUAAAGAAGGACGCGGGACCGUAUCUCGAAUAUAAAUUUAUUUAUCUACCGCGUAACACAAGUUUCAGUUCGCAAUUUAUCUUAUUUUUUUACUAUUUUUAUAAUAAACGUUAAAUUGCACCAACAGUAACAGGCAGUAACAUUGUAUGCAAUUGUUUAUUUUUACUGUGAUUUUAUAUAUAUGGCUAUACAAUAAAUUUCUUUUUCUACUGUUA